GGCUGAGGCCGGCGUCGGGGAACGUCCGGGGCCCGGAUUCCGCACGAGGCGCUGACGGGGCCGCCCCGCGCCGCCCGGGCGGCACGUCCCAGGGCUGUGUGCGGCGCAAGGCUCAAGAGAGAUUCCCCAGGAGACUGGACCCCAUGGCUUCCUGGAAGAGCUCCUGGUGGCUGCUACUGUGGAUGGUCUUCAUGCACUCUGCCCUCCUGCAGACCACAGCAGAGAAGUCCCCUGGAGCCUACUUCCUUCCUGAGUUUGCACUCUCCCCCCAGGGAAGUUUUCUUGAAGACACAACGGGUGAACAGUUCCUCACCUACCGCUAUGAUGAUCAGACCUCAAGAAACACUCAUUCGGAUGAAGACAAAGACAGCAACUGGGAUGCUUGGGGCAGCUGGAGUGACUGCUCUAGGACUUGCGGGGGAGGAGCAUCAUACUCUCUGAGGAGGUGCUUGACUGGGAGGAAUUGUGAAGGACAAAAUAUUCGAUACAAGACAUGCAGCAAUCAUGACUGCCCUCCUGAUGCAGAGGACUUCAGAGCCCAGCAGUGCUCUGCCUACAAUGAUGUCCAAUAUCAGGGGCGUUAUUAUGAAUGGCUUCCUCGGUAUAAUGAUCCUGCUGCCCCCUGUGCACUCAAGUGUCAUGCACGGGGACAAAACUUGGUUGUGGAGCUGGCCCCCAAGGUACUGGAUGGAACUCGCUGCAGCACAGACUCCUUGGACAUGUGCAUCAGUGGCAUUUGUCAGGCCGUGGGCUGUGAUCGGCGCCUGGGGAGCAGCGCCCGGGAGGACAGCUGCGGCGUCUGUGCUGGCAACGGCUCCACCUGCAGGCUCGUGCGGGGACAAUCCAAGUCGCACGUUUCUCCUGAAAAAAGGGAAGAAAAUGUAAUUGCUGUUCCUCUGGGAAGUCGAAGUGUAAGAAUUACAGUGAAAGGACCAGCACAUCUUUUUAUUGAAUCAAAAACACUUCAAGGAAGCAAAAGAGAACACAGCUUUAACAGCCCAGGAGUUUUUGUCAUAGAAAAUACCACAGUUGAAUUUCAGAAGGGCUCAGAAAGGCAGACUUUUAAGAUUCCAGGACCUCUGAUGGCUGAUUUCAUCUUCAAGACCAGGUACACUGUGGCCAAAGACAGUGUGGUCCAGUUCUUCUUCUACCAGCCGAUCAGUCAUCAGUGGAGACAAACUGACUUCUUUCCCUGCACUGUAACAUGCGGAGGAGGUUAUCAGCUCAAUUCAGCUGAAUGUGUGGAUAUCCGCUUGAAGAGGGUGGUUCCUGACCAUUACUGCCAUUACUACCCCGAAAACGUAAAACCAAAACCCAAACUGAAGGAGUGCAGCAUGGACCCUUGCCCAUCAAGUGAUGGGUUUAAAGAGAUCAUGCCCUAUGACCACUUCCAGCCUCUCCCUCGCUGGGAACAUAAUCCUUGGACUGCGUGCUCGGUGUCCUGCGGAGGUGGGAUUCAGAGGCGGAGCUUCGUGUGUGUGGAGGAGUCCAUGCAUGGAGAGAUACUCCAGGUGGAAGAAUGGAAGUGUAUGUAUGCUCCCAAACCCAAGGUCAUGCAGACCUGCAACCUGUUUGACUGCCCCAAGUGGAUCGCCAUGGAGUGGUCUCAGUGCACAGUGACUUGUGGCCGAGGGUUACGUUACCGCGUUGUUCUGUGUAUCAAUCACCGUGGACAGCAUGUUGGUGGAUGCAACCCACAACUGAAGUUACACAUUAAAGAGGAAUGUAUCAUUCCCAUCCCAUGUUAUAAACCAAAAGAAAAAAGUCCAGUGGAAGCUAAAUUACCUUGGCUGAAACAAGCACAAGAAGUAGAAGAGACCAGAAUAGCAACAGAAGAACCAACGUUCAUUCCGGAACCCUGGUCAGCCUGCAGCACCACAUGCGGGCUGGGCAUCCAGGUCCGAGAGGUGAAGUGCCGCGUGCUCCUCACGUUCACACAGACAGAGACCGAGCUGCCUGAGGAAGAGUGUGAAGGCCCUGAGCUGCCCACCGAGCGGCCUUGCCUCCUGAAGCCGUGUGAGGAGAGCCCUGCCUCCCAUGAGCUGGAUGCCUCUCUCCAGGAGGACAGCAGGAUGACUUACCACUGGGAGUAUGCCGGGUUCACCCCUUGCACAGCAACAUGCUUGGGAGGUCAUCAAGAAGCCAUCGCAGUGUGCUUGCACACCCAGACCCAGCAGACAGUCAGUGACACCUUGUGUGAUCUAGUUCACCGUCCUCCAGCAAUGAGCCAGGCUUGCAACACAGAGCCCUGCCCACCCAGGUGGUACACAGGCUCUUGGGGCCCCUGCUCAGCUACCUGUGGUGUUGGAAUCCAGACCCGAGAGGUAUACUGCUUGCACCCUGGGGAGUCCCCAGCCCCUGCUGAGGAAUGUGGAGACGAAAAGCCCCAUGCCUUACAAGCAUGCAAUCAGUUUGAUUGCCCUCCUAGCUGGCACAUUGAAGAAUGGCAACAGUGUUCCAGGACAUGUGGUGGGGGAACUCACAAUAGAAGAGUCACUUGUCGGCAGCUGUUAACAGAUGGCAGCUUCUUGAAUCUCUCUGAUGAACUGUGCCAAGGACCCAAGGCAUCUUCCCAUAAGUCCUGUGCCAGAACAGACUGCCCUCCGCAUAUAACUGUGGGGGACUGGUCAAAGUGUUCUGUCAGCUGUGGUGUUGGAACCCAGCGAAGAAAGCAGGUGUGUCAGAGGCUGACAGCCAAAGGCCGACGCGUGCCCCUCAGUGAGACGAUGUGCCGAGACCUUCCAGGGCCCCCUCUUAUAAGACCUUGCCAGAUGCCUGCGUGCAAUAAAGUGAAACCAGAGAAGAAGACAAAAGCCAGUGAGCAGGGGCCCCAGAUCCUUGAUGUCCAAAGAGUCUACAUUCAGACGAGGGAAGAGAAGCGCAUUAACCUGACCAUUGGUAGCAGAGCCUAUUUGCUGCCCAACACAUCUGUGAUUAUUAAAUGUCCAGUACGACGAUUCCAGAAAUCUCUGAUCCAGUGGGAGAAGGAUGGCCGUUGUCUGCAGAACUCCAAACGGCUUGGCAUCACCAAGUCAGGCUCACUAAAAAUCCACAGCCUUGCAGCCCCUGAUAUCGGCACAUACCGGUGCAUCGCCGGCCCUGCACAGGAAACUGUGGUUCUCAAGCUUAUUGGCACUGACAACCGGCUCAUUGCGCCUCCAGCCCUCAGAGAGCACACGAGGGAAUAUCCUGGGAUGGACCACAGUGAGACCAAUGGCUUGGGAGCCACAUGGCAGAAAAUGAGGCAAAUAUGGGGUAACAAAAAUGAGCUUCAUCCGGAUGAUGGCCAAAUUGAUAACCAGCCUUUCUUGAGAGCUCUCUUGGGCGCCUGUAACAAUAUUGGGGGAAAUACCAACUCCUGGAAGUUUAAGAACAAGCAGUUUGAGGCAGCAGUCAAGCAGGGAGCAUACAGCAUGGACACGGCCCAGUUUGAUGAACUGAUAAGAAACAUGAGUCAGCUCAUGGAAACCAGGGAGGUCAGUGAUGACCUUGCAUCCCAGGUGAUCUACCAGCUGGUGGCAGAGUUAGCCAAGGUGCCCCCAGCACACAGCCAAUGGAGGGGUGUCCAGGAAGGGGUGCCUCCUGCUGCUCAUCUAAGGGGUGAAACGAGAAGUAUGCCUCAAAGCUCGAAUGUGGAAAACUCAGGCAAGCUGACAUUCAAGCUGAAGGGACCUGUUCUCAUGAGACAAAGCCAGCCCACCUCUAUGUCAUUUAAUAAAACAAUAAAUUCAAGGAUUGGAGAUACAGUCUACAUUACAAAAAGGACGGAGGUCAUCAAUAUACUGUGUGAGCUCGUUACCCCCAGUCAGGCCACGUAUACAUGGACCAAGGAUGGGGCGUUGUUACAACCCUCAGAAAAGAUAGUCUUGGCUGGAAUGGGAAAAAUGCAGAUACGGAACCCUACAAAGAAGGAGCAAGGAACGUAUGGAUGCUCUGUGGCUAACCAUCUUGGUUCAGAUAUGGAGAGUUCUCCAGUGCUCUACGCAGAGGCACCUGCCAUCUUGUCUAUUGAAAGAAAUAUCAGCAGACUGGAACACAGCCAUCUGUCCGUUGUGGUUGGAGGCAUCAUAGAGGCAGCCCUGCAGGCAGACGUGACAAUCCAAUGUCCUGUAAAAGGUGUCCCUCAACCUAAUAUAACUUGGUUGAAGAGAGGAGGAUCUCUGAGUGACAAUAUUUCCUUGCUUUUCAAUGGAUCCCUGUUGUUGCAGAAUGUUUCCCUUGAAAAUGAAGGAACCUAUGUCUGCACAGCCACCAAUGUUCUUGGAAAGGCAGUGGCAGCAUCUGUACUCCACGUGCUGGAACAAAGACGUUUGGACAGUAAAAGUGUAUUUCCCAAGGACCGCAAAAAACAUAUGCUCCAGGCAUCCAACACGGGAACCAACAGUAAUGACCCAACAGGAGAACCCCUACCUCCAGAGCCUUUUUGGGAGCUCAGUAACUGGACACAUUGUUCUGCCACCUGUGGCCACUUGGGAACCCAAGUUCAGAGGCCCCGGUGUGUGCUGGCCACUGGGCAGGAAGUAAGUGAGGCCUUUUGCCAACACCUCCAGAAGCCGCUGGCCGGGUUUCAGCCCUGUAACAUCCGGGACUGCCCCCCGAGGUGGCUCACGGGUGCAUGGUCAGAGUGCUCUGUGUCUUGCGGUGAAGGAUUCCACAGUCGGCAAGUGGCCUGCAAGCGUAUCAAAGCCAAUGGAACUGUGCAGGUGGUGUCCCCAAGAGCAUGUGCUCCCACAGAGAGACCUCUAGGAAGAAGGCCAUGUUCCAUUCAUCCUUGUGGUCAGUGGGUCGUCAAACCAGGGGGCCAGUGUCCUCUACGUUGCCUGGGCCGCCCUGGCAGGAUGCAGCAGCAUCAUGCAGUUUGUCAACACCACAACAGCUCUGACCCCCGUUGCGAUGACAGAAGGAGACCCAGCUUGAGGAGGAACUGCUCUUCCAGGGCUUGUGACACGUGCUGGCGCACCGGCCCGUGGAGACCCUGCACCGCUGCCUGCGGCCGGGGCUUCCAGUCUCGGAAGGUGGAGUGUGUGCGUGCCAGCAGCUGCAGGCCGGUGGCUGAGAGACACUGUGUGCAGGAGAAGAGACCGGCUUCCUGGCGGCACUGCCUUGGGCCUUCCUGUGAUAGAGACUGCUCAGACACAACUCACUACUGUAUGUUUGUAAAGCAUCUCAGUUUGUGUUCGCUGGAUCUCUACAAACAGAGGUGCUGCCGGUCAUGUCAAGAAGGGUAAACCUGUGGUGGAGUCGUAAUGCUGCUGUGAAGAUAGAACAGAAAUGUAAAAGCUCUUUUCCCCAUGUAGCUGAUUCAGAAACAUGUUAUUUCUUUAAAAACUCUAGAUUCUGCAUUCAGGGGUCUAUGCCAACUCACCACUGGUGGGAUUUCAUACUAAUGUUUUCCCCAGGGCUGGUUUUUAAUCCCAGCUCUUUGAGAUGAUGUUUUCUGGGACGAACAAAAAUACUGUAGCAGGAGUGCCAUUGCACUUGGGGCCCUGCUGGUGUCUUCCCCAGUGCAUUGUCACGGGCUGCUGCUUCCUGUAACGUGUAGACCCAGAGAGGGCAGGAUGUCCUGAGGACGUGAGGGACACACAGCAACUGCUGACUUCCUCUUCUCUUCGGUUUUAGGAUCUCACCAGGUUCAUAGGCAUUCACACUUUAGGAGCUCUCUGGCCAGUAGUUGUUAAAGUGGCAUGAGUGGCGCCAGUGGCAUUUUUGUGGAUCUUUAAGUCUAGUGUGCAAAUAAGAGGCAAUCUCUCUGGACAAGUUUGCAGCACUGACUGACCCAAGGAGCGGGCGGGGGUGGGGCGGGGUGGCAUCUUGUCCUUGCUUGUAUAGAAUCCGGGGAAGAAAAGACAGAGUAAGUGCCGCUGCCAGUUUCACAAGCCCAGAGAUCUGUGACCAAAUGAGGCAUCUUGGAAAUUAAAGGAGAGGGAAGGCUCACCUUUUCUACUGAUUUUGAAGUGUGUUCAAAGCUUUCUUUUAAGAGCUGUGAAUGAAACUUUUUCUAAGCACGGUUCUCUUGCACACAAACAGAAAAUCAAAAAGCCUUAUUAGACCUAAUUUAUGCAUAAAAUAGUACUCCUAAGGAUUUUUUUUAUUUCCCAGGAAGAUUAUAAGAAAGUAAUCUAAAUAUUGGUUGAAAAGGAUUGUUUAUAGUCAAUAGUUGUUUUAAUUCGAACUGAUUAGUUGGUAAAUCCAACGUGAACUUGGGUUAGGCUAGAAGUUAUGUUAGGGCUAAGGGUCAGAGUUAGGAUUUGGUAAGUUUAGGGUUCCUUUUAAGUGUCAGGAUUGGGUUAGGUGAGAACGGAGGUUCUGUCAGAGGAGGGCUGGAGUUGGUUGGCUUUGGCGGUUGGGGCGAGGGCCAGGUCGGGUUGCUUUGGAUUGCUUGCGUUGGGUUGUGUUUAGACCGGGGCCAGUGCUGGUGUUAGUGAUACUGUCAGGGUGGAGGGUCAAUUUGGAAUGAAUUGUCUCUGCUGAAGUAGUCCGGGGCUUGCGUGAAAUUGUUAAAGCUGAUUAGGUUCUGGGGCUUUUUUCCCUUAUAUCCUACCAGUUAUGUCUUUAGAUGGCACAUGACCCCAAGGAAAUGGCCAUCCCUCCUUACUCAGCAUCCCUGCUACCUGUACCUGUGCUGCCCACGGCCGGUUGGCCACCACGUCACCCAAGGCGGGUUGUGCUGCACCUCGUCCCUGAUCACAAAUAAGUGAACAGCACAUGAGGGCUUUGGGUUUGUCUGUGGACAAGCUUGCUGAGUCUCUCUACCAUAUAUUCUGAGCACCGGCUCUCGUGUUCUAACUUCAGCCUCACUGACACUGGCAAUGAGCACUACUGUACAUGGAGGGUUUGGUGGCCGGGAUGGAUAGGGAUGUGAAGGGCACACACCAGCCCAUGGGUUGCUAAUCAUCAAUCACACUUGAUUGUUGAAGGUUUUUAAGUUAAAAGAAAGAUCAUUUGUAAAAUACUCUUUGUACAUAUUUAUUAUAUGACUUAAAGGUGCAAUAUUUUAUUUUGUACAGUAUGUAAUAAAGACAUGGGACAUAUAUUUUUUCUUAUUAACAAAAUUUCUGAUUAAAUUGCUUUGUCUUUGUAUUUAAAGUUGCUAUUUUUCAUUUGCUAUUGUACUUUUGUCUUAUCAUUCAAGUGACAUUCCUGUGUACUGUAUUUUACUACUGUUCCUAUAAUAUAAGAAUUAAUGUUUCUCUCAUGACCCUUAAGUAAUUCAGAAAUAAAUUUACUUUGAUUAUUCA